AUGAAAGUACUUAUCGCAAUCACUUUGGUAUUGCUCAGUGCUCGCUUCGGUUACACCGACUUCAUCAAACACUGUCUAAUUGAAGAAGAGUACAAUCAACGAUACGCUCCUUUUCUCCAUAACAAAAGUGAAACCAAGGUCGAAGCCGAGAACACAGACCGAGUAGACGUUGCAAAAGGAUUUCAGAUUGCAAACAUGCAUGAAAUGAAAUACGACAUGUCCCUGGAGAAGGAAGCGAGAAAAAUGAAGUCUUGUGACGAUUUCAAGCACGGUGUCAACUAUCGAGUGCAAUUUUACCGCGAAAGAGAAAGUCGUGCAAUUUGGCAGGAAUUUGAGAAGAGUUUGAAUAAAUCCCCGAGCAAUUUUGUUGAGGGUGCGAAUCCACUCCAGACGGCUUAUAUUGAAUGUGAUUUGACAACUGAUUGCCGCUUUGAUGCUCAUCGCUUUGACAAUUUUGAUGAUCUGGAAACAGAUCAUAUCACUUUCUACGGCUGGCGUGGAACACUCUCCGUAUCUGACUUCCAACACGGACCGCCCGGAUCGAAGUGUACUCAUGGAAAGACUAAACAAGGACUAUGUAUUGCCCCUCCAAGAUCUAAAUACGAUAUGUCCCUGGAGAAGGAAUCAAGAAAAAUGAAGUCUUGUGAUGAUAUCAAACACGGUGUCAACUAUCGAGUGGCUUUCUACGGCGAAAAAGAAAGUCGUGAAAUUUGGCAGGAAUUUUCGAAGAGCACGGAAUUCCCCUCGUUCCAUUUUCACGAGGAAGAACACCCACUCCAGACGUCUGUUAUUCAGUGUGUUUUGACAGCUACUUGCCACUUAAAUGCUAGUCGCUCUGGCAAUUCUUUUAAUACGGAAAUGGCCACUAUCACUUUGUACGGCUGGCGCGGAACAUUCUCCCUAUCUGACUACCAACGUGGAGAGUCCGGAUCGAAGUGUACUCAUGGAAAGACUGAACGAGGACUGUGUAUUACCCCUUCAUCUGAAAAUAAUGGUCGAUCGGAAGGGGUGAACUCUAUUCUUGUGUAUUUGUUUAUUGCUCUUUUGUCUCUUUUUCUAUGA